GUGAGAACUCUGCCCGACGGUCAGCAACUUUUAAAUUUCACUUGGCUGCCCUUGCUCUGUGGACUGAGGAAUGGUUCUCUCCCAAGACGACUCCCAAGUGUCACUUCUGAACAGUUUGCAGACGCUGUCCUGGGUCAGAGCCAUGGUUCUGGUACAGGAAAUCCACUGCAGGAGGUUCAGCACACACAACCCUGCUGAAACGGCACAGGAGCUGUCCUCCUCCUUUUGCACUGCACUAGAGCUGGAGAAAGCAAUUUCUGCCUGCACUGGAGCUAUGGAAAAAAUAAUUUAAAGUAUCUGGAGGACACAGGCACUUGUCUAGACCAGCAUUUUCAGACAGGCCUCUGGUAUGAGGCACCUCAUCUCAGUUACCUUUAACACUGAUUUGGCUUUUUGGGAAUCCUACACGAGUCAUUCUCUCUCCCAAGCAAGAGUAAAGCACCACUCAAUAAAAACAUUUAUUGAUUCAGAAGCAACCUUUACAGUGGGAUUAUUUGCAUGUUCUCAUCUGGAGUAAUGGUACAACCAUGAAGAACAAUCUAAAGUGGUUUUGCUCCACACUCUUACUGAGUGCUUUCCCUUUUCCACCCAAGGGAAUGCAUUCCCUGUCAUACAUGCACUAUUUAAAUCAGUGAAUCAUCUGCCUUCCUUCACAGAUGCCCUCAGAACAUGUCUGAUUGGACAAAUCUGUGGUAUGUCUGGCUGAUCUUGCUGCUGGUGUUCCUGCUCCUGCUCUGUGGGGUCUCGGCGAGCUGUGUCAAGUUCUGCUGCCAGAAGAAAAGGCUCCCAGUGGAGACCUUCCCUCGGCACCCUUGUGACCUGGCAGUGAUUGGCAUUGACAGUGACAGCACUGCCCACAGCACAGUGACCUCAUACAGCUCAUGGCAGUACCCUCCAAGUGUCCAGAUUCCCUUGGUAUUUGUGGAUAUGGAUAAGAACACUGUGUCCCCUCCUGCUUACAGCCUCUAUGCCAUGGACCUGCCACCUUCCUAUGAUGAAGCUGUUCAAAUGGGAAAGCAAGUGGCACGGACAAACCAGAAACUUGAUGAAAUCCCUGAACAGGUGACACCACAUGGGCUGAAUCCCAGCCAGUUCCCACCUGACACAAUCAACAGAGGUUCAGCAAGACAGGAAAAUUCAGAAGAUUCAGAAGAUGCCACGAAAGAACAGCCACAGGUCUGACUCAGUUCAGAUGGGGAGGAAAGUAAGGGAAGGACUGUAAGAGUUAAAGAAGACACAAAGAGUUUGGGUUUAUAAGUAGGUUAUGAUGGAAGGAUAUUUCUUCUCAUGCCCUUGUAGUGAUCUGUCAGAAGAAAUGUUUUCUGUGACUGCUGUAAUCCCCUGGUAAAGCUUCUUCAAGGAUAUGAAAUGAGGUAAAAGGGCAGCAGUUUAAAAAUGCCUGUAAAAAUGGGACGUGAAUGCGUGUUCAUCUUCUGAUAAAAAAAAUUGUUCCUUGUGUCCAGCAAUAAAAAAGGUUAGGAGAAUUUUGCCACCUUGGGAAUACACACUCAGAACAGCACAAACAGGAAGCUGUUGUACUAGAACAGAAGUUUCCCAAGCUGGAAUUGGAGGGGGAAUCCCAGCAAGUGACACUGAACAGCCUCUGUAGUUUCUCUUCUUUUGAGAACACCAACUGCCCAGGAAACUGCUGAGGACAAAGUGCUGCACAGUGGCUCAUGCUCCUCACGGAGCAGGAAGAUGCCAGGACAGGAGAGUGUGGAGGGAAAUGCUUUGUGUUGUUUCACACCUGCACAAAGGGAAUGAGGCAGAUGAGACACGACACUUCUGUGCUGGUGGUGGUCAUGAGACCACAAGGGAUUGUUUUUCAGGUUCUAUAAAUCUCUCCAUUUCUAUUUUCAAGAUGUGUUGCCUUGUGGGUGGGUUCCCUUUGCUAUUUAUUUUUUCCAGACAAAUUACACAUUAAUUCCAAAGAGA